AUUACAAAACAAAGUGGUCACGGGGGUCACGGUAAUCAACAUCAAUGAAAGUGGUUUAUGACAAUGAUUGUAUUCAAAAGCGGCGAAAAUAAUUAAAUAAAAAUAUUUUCAUGAAUUUCAUUGCGUAACGCGUACGCGACGAGUGUGCUGUGUAAUAUAUUUAUGUUAUAAUCGAAAUAAACUUUAUGUGUAAUAUGAAUAACAUACUGUGUAAACUUUCAUCUAUAAGUGCAACAUCAGGAAUAAUUAGGACAUUUUCUGUAUCAGCUAAUAAUAAUACUAAUUAUUCAUGUAAGCUAUUGGUGGUGGGUGGAGGAUCUGGAGGGUGCUCCAUGGCAGCCAAGUUUGCCAGAAAACUGAAGAAAGACUCAGUCAUUGUGCUGGAGCCAAGUUCUGACCACUACUACCAACCUCUGUUCACGCUGGUCGGUGCGGGAGUGACGCCCCUCUCGGCCACUCGACGUCAAGCGCGAUCCGUGCUCCCGUCCGCGGCCAAGUGGCUCCAAGACUCGGCGCUUAGUAUAGACCCUAAGAAGAACUUGCUUACCACUACGAAAGGGGACACGAUCAGCUAUGAAUACCUGGUCGUUGCUGUGGGAUUAGUCAAUGAUUAUGCUAAGGUACCUGGUCUAACAGAGUCACUGAAAGACAAGAACAGUGGAGUGUCGACGAUAUUCGCACCCGACUACUGCGAAAAGACGUGGAAUGACAUAAGGAACUUCAAAGGCGGCGAUGCUAUAUUCACAUACCCCGAUACUCCUAUCAAGUGCCCCGGGGCACCGCAGAAGAUUGCUUAUAUGGCUGAUGCGUAUUUCAAUAAGUCAAACGUGCGAUCAAAAUCCAACAUCACAUACAACACGUGCUUGCCCGUGAUAUUCGGCGUGAAGAAAUACGCGGACGUGCUCCUCAAAAUAGCGGAACGGAAGAAGAUCAAGCUCAACUACAAGACCGUGCUCAAGGAAGUAAGGCCCGACAAGAAGGAAGCCGUGUUCUUCACAGCUUGUGAGGACAAAGAUAAGGUAACAACAACCCAACGCUACGACAUGCUACACGUGACUCCGCCAAUGAAGACUCCCGACUUCCUGCAGCAGAGCAAAGAGCUGGUGGACGAGAUCGGUUACUUGACCGUCGACAAAUACACUCUACAGCACACCAAAUACCCUAACAUAUACGGCUUAGGAGAUUGUACGAAUACUCCCAAUAGUAAAACCGCCGCUGCUAUUGCGAAACAAGGCUAUGUGCUGGAACAAAACCUCCUCAAUACAAUGAAGAGAGACAAUCCGAAGGAAAAGUACGACGGCUACGGCGCGUGCCCGCUCGUGACGUCAUACAACACGUGCGUGAUCGCAGAGUUCUUAUACGACGGCGUGCCCAGGGAAACCUUAUGCAAAUUACUGGUGGUGGGAGGCGGCCCGGGAGGCUGCAGCAUCGCCUGGCGAUUUUCGAAGAAAUUUGCUAAAAACGAUAUAAUCGUGAUAGAACCGAAUAAUAAUCAUUACUACCAGCCGCUUUUUACACUAGUAGGAGCGGGUGCAAAGAAGUUUCCGCAAAGCUAUAGACCGGUCAAGUCCAUACUGCCAAGAAAUGUCCUGUGGUUGCAAGACAAAGUUGACGAUUUCGACCCUUGCAAUAACUUAGUGUACACGGGCUGUGGGUAUAAGUUGAGAUAUGACUUUAUGGUGAUUGCUGUUGGACUAAAGAAUGAUUUUGAUCAGAUUCUCGGUCUAAAAGACGUCCUCAACAACCCGCUAGCCCCCGUGUCAACAAUAUACUCGGCAGAACACUGCCAAAAGUGCUGGUGCUGUGUGCAGAACUUCAGAGGCGGGCUGGCGAUAUUCACGUUCCCUAAGAAACCAGGGAAAUGCUCCGGCGCCGCGCAGAAGAUUAUGUAUCUGGCUCAUGAUUAUUGGAAAAGGAAAAAGCUCCAUGCUUCCACGAACAUAAUUUACAAUACGGCGGGAGAUGUGUUAUUCGGAGUGCCGAAGUACGCGACGUCUCUGGCUAAAGUCGCCUGGAAUAAAGAUAUUGCAGUGAACUACAAACUUGAUCUAAUAGAGGUCACACCGAAAAGAGCAAUAUUUCUGGAUCGUAAUGAACAGACGAUAGCCGUCCCAUACAACUUUCUCCACGUGACUCCGCCCAUGUCACCGCCCACCUGCCUCACGAAAUGCGAUGAGCUGGUAAAUGAAGACGGCUAUUUGGACGUGGAUCGGUACACCCUGCAACACAGGCGGUAUUGCAACAUCUACGGCGUGGGCGACUGUACCAGCUCGCCUAAUAGCAAGACUGUGGCUGCCGUUGCCAAGCAAACCCACGUGGUAGAGCAGAACCUGUGGCGCUCGAUGUACGGCAAAGAGCCCACCGCGAGGUACGACGGCUACAGCGCCUGUCCCAUACUCACAUCCUUCAAGCGCGGCAUACUUGCAGAGUUCGUGUACGACAAGAAACCUUGCGAGACCUUCGCCUGUGAUCAGAGUAAAGAGCGGCGUUCGGUAUGGCAUCUAAACAGCAGCGUAUUUCCUUACUUGUACUGGAAGAGACUCAUCAAAGGCAAGUGGAACGGACCGACCACAAUACGCAAAGUUUUCAACCCGUUCAAGACAUAAGUAAAUAAACGCAUGGAAACAUAAAAAAUA